GGUCCGAGGAGGCCUCGCGAUAACUUCGCGGGCGCGGGGCGGGGAGGUCUUUUCCGCAAAGCCGGCAAGAUGGCGGAAGUGGAGCAGAAGAAGAAGCGGACCUUCCGCAAGUUCACCUACCGCGGCGUGGACCUCGACCAGCUGCUGGACAUGUCCUACGAGCAGCUGAUGCAGCUGUACAGCGCACGCCAGCGGCGGCGGCUGAACCGCGGCCUGCGGCGGAAGCAGCACUCGCUGCUGAAGCGCCUGCGCAAGGCCAAAAAGGAGGCGCCCCCGAUGGAGAAGCCAGAGGUGGUGAAGACACACCUGCGGGACAUGAUAAUUCUGCCUGAAAUGGUGGGCAGCAUGGUUGGCGUCUACAACGGCAAGACCUUCAACCAGGUGGAGAUCAAGCCCGAGAUGAUCGGCCACUACCUGGGCGAGUUCUCCAUCACCUACAAGCCCGUGAAGCACGGCCGGCCUGGCAUUGGGGCCACCCAUUCGUCCCGCUUCAUCCCCCUCAAGUAGCCUGCCUGGGCAAUAAAGGCACAC